UCCUCUCUCUCUCUCCCCCCCCCCGGCUCUCUCUCUCUCUCUCUCUCUCUCUCUGUCUCACAAAGACCUCUCUUCUCAGUUUCAGAAGCUGAAUAGUCGAGAUAUUCAAAGGGUGAGACGAGAGUCAAAUGGCAAGCGAAUACAGCCGCUUCCAUCACCACCACCGCCACAGUCAAAAUCUGCGUAUGCAUAAUCAUCAGAGAUGCACAUUCUUGCCCAUGUUAUGUUCGAGACCAUCCAUCAAAGAUGUGAGGCUUCCAAAGUCGGCUUCUGUAAAAGAAGACGCUUUGUCCCCAAGAAUCAGUUGCAUGGGCCAAGUGAAAAGAAGCAACAAGGUCACCGGCUUUCCAACCCCUCUCGCUACUCAUAGACUACUCACCAUCUCCUCAAACCCUAAUUCCAAGGACAAUAUCAGCAGCCCCAACAACCACCACCACAACCACCUCAAGUACUCCAAGCUCAAGAAGCGCUUCUCUGGCAAAAACCUCAACAACCCUAAUGCCGCAGCAGCCGCCACCACCACAACAACCACUAGAAACACCACCACAAGAUGUAGUAGAAGGCAAGUGAUUGUGAAUAGUAAAAAUGGUGGAAGUGGGCCCGGGAGUAGUAACAAUGGUGCAUAUAUUAACCUAGUGGAUUUAGAUCCUCCUCUGCCUGUGAUAAAGAGGGUGCACAAGAAGCCUGCUGAAGAACAAGAAGAGGAGGUGAAGAGUCUUUGGAAGAGGAGAUCUGGUGGGGUUGAAUUGAAACGUUUGCAGCUUAAACAGAUUCACCAUCGUAGGCAUCUAAAUCAAUCCAUUACUGUUUGAUGGGUAAAAAAGCCAAAAGGGGAUUCUGAAAAUAUAUUCUUGUACAUUUUUUUUUUGUUUUGGAUCCCAAAUUUGGAUGUAUUUUUUAUUGCUUAUUCACUGUUCCGAUGAGUAGUGACAUAAUAUUAAGAUACUUGUGGAGCUAAUAUUUAGUUAUACGAAUCAUUAGUAUUAUUGAUCUAAUGUUUUAUUUAUUUGAAUUAGCGAUAUACCCCAUCAUCUGAUAUUCUUAACAUUUUUAGGA